CGCUGCACGGUUGAAGGUGAAGGAGGUCUUGCAAGUGUGUGCAGCAGUCCUGUCUCCUAGUCCAACAUGUCAUCCAGUGGACUUUUAACCAUGCGGGCUACAAUGUGUAAACGCCUGGCUCACAAGUACCUCUCAAGAACCUACACAUCUCGCCCUUCACUCAAUGAAGUCGUCAUCGUCAGCGCAGUCCGCACUCCAAUGGGCUCCUUCAAAGGCAGCCUGGCAGCAGUACCAGCUACCAAACUGGGCUCCAUUGCUAUCAAGGGAGCUAUCGACAAAGCGGGAAUCGCUCCAGAAGAGGUGAAGGAGGUCUACAUGGGUAAUGUGCUUCAGGCAGGAGAAGGACAGGCCCCCACAAGACAAGCCUUGCUUGGUGCAGGCUUGACCCUCGGUACUCCAGCAACAACCAUCAACAAAGUGUGUGCCUCUGGGAUGAAGUCCAUCAUGAUGGCAGCCCAGAGUCUAAUGUGUGGACACCAGGAUGUGAUGGUGGCAGGAGGCAUGGAGAGCAUGUCCAACGUACCUUAUGUGAUGCCCAGAGACACUCCAACCUAUGGAGGAGUGAAGGUGGAAGACAUCAUUGUCAAGGAUGGACUCACCGAUGUCUACAACAAAUUCCACAUGGGCAACUGUGCAGAGAACACCGCCAAGAACAGCAGCAUCACCAGGGAGGAGCAGGACGCCUACGCCAUCAGCUCAUACAGCCGCAGCAAAGCAGCAUACGAGGCUGGCGUAUUGGCCAAGGAGAUCGUACCAGUUAGCAUUCCCCAGAGAGGCAAACCUGACGUGGUCGUAUCCGAGGAUGAGGAGUGGAGGCGGGUCGACUUCAGCAAAGUGCCCAAACUGAAGGCAGUGUUCCAGAAAGAGAAUGGCACGGUCACUGCAGCCAAUGCCAGCACACUGAACGACGGGGCUGCUGCUCUCCUUCUAAUGACAGCAGAUGCUGCAAAGAGACUCAACGUCACUCCACUGGCCAGGAUUGUUUCUUUUGCCGAUGCUGCCGUUGCACCCAUUGAUUUCCCCAUCGCUCCUGCAUUCGCUGUACCAAAGGCCCUGGAUGCAGCAGGGCUGAAGAAGGAGGACAUCAGCAUGUGGGAGAUCAACGAGGCUUUCAGCGUGGUCGCCCUGGCCAACAUCAAGAUGCUGGGCAUCGACCCUGCAAAAGUGAACGUCAACGGGGGAGCUGUGUCACUGGGUCACCCCAUUGGGAUGUCCGGGGCAAGAAUUGUGGGUCACAUGGUGCACAACCUGAAGUCAGGCCAGUACGGUCUGGCAGGCAUUUGCAAUGGAGGUGGAGGAGCCUCAUCUAUUAUUAUCCAGAAACUGUAGGAAACCUUUGUGUGGUGACGACCUGGUAACUCCAUAUGAUUAAGACUUCCAUAAACUCCACUUUUACUAUGAAGAAUGCUGUUACAACUCCAAUACCGGAUGGCCUUACUCCAACUGUAAACUAGGACUCAACUCGCAUCACGGGUUUAAAACACUCCUUUGUUUGACGAUACGUCGAGUGCAAAAAAAUACAAUAAUAUUUAACUUUGAGUUGAAAUGGUUUAAUAAAUAGUUUUUAUGAAAUCA